CCCUUCAAGCAAAACAAGUGAGGAAAGUCUCAGCCGGUACUAAACGCGAGAAAAAAACUUGGGCUGCCUGUGUGACAGGCCUUAGCAUCAGUUCAAUUCGGUCAACCUCAUCGAGGUCCAGCGACGCGAGAUGUCGAACGACAAGCCUGAAGUUACUGAGGUAGGCAUGGUGACCUCACCCACUGCCACAAAGCCUAGCUUCAAAACUCGCGUGGCGGCCCAUUUCAAGAAAUGGUGGUGGGCGCACCUCAUCGCAUUCAUUGUAGUCGUGCUCGUCGUGGCCCUUCCGGUGGUAUAUGUCGGCUAUCCGAACAUCGCACAGGGCGACAUCAACGACUCGAAAUUGGAAGUCAAGUCGAUGACGAUCAGUGAGCCGACACCGAAUUCGUUCCAUGUGAACCAGGAGCAGGUCAUCUGGACGGACAGCAUGUAUCACCCAACCAUCUAUAGCUUUAACGCAAGUGUUGGCCUGCUAGGCGCAGCCCCGUUCGGCAUCGCGACUAUUCCGCAACUCAAAGCGACGGACGGGGUCGAGGUGCAUGUAGACCAGCGCCUAGACUUGACUGAUGUGUCUGCAUUUGGCGACUUCGCCAUAGCGGCGAUGCAGAAUGAAUAUCUCGGCCUCAAUGUUUACGGGAAGCCGGACUUGAAGCAGUCAGGUUUGCACAAGAUCAGCGUGACGUAUAACCACACCGCUACUAUGAAGGGCCUUAACAAGCUAAAGGGAUUCUCGCUGUCUGGCAUGCAUCUUACCACGAAGGCAUCCGACGGAACGAACACUGAAGGACAGGUUCUGAUCCCCAACCCGUCGGUGAUGACGAUCAACUUGGGCAAUGUGACCCUUGAUCUCUCCGUGAAUGGAACCGCCAUUGGCACAUCGUACAUCCAGGAUCUGGUAUUGAAACCUGGUGAUAAUAAAUUUUCCAUGAGAGCCAAAGUGGACCAACUGGCCAUCAUUGGUAUGAUGUCGAAAUAUCCAGGUACGGUUGUCCCCGUGGAUAUCACGGGCUCCGAGACCAACUCGAGCGUGUACGAUGGCCAGGCUCUUCCAUACUUCUCGAGGGCUUUGGCAUCGAACAAGCUACGGGUUGAUCUGAACAUUACCGAGGUGGUUGGUUCGAGUGCGGGUUCGAGCUAAAAGGGCAUCGCCAUGUAUAUUCUGCUGACCAUCACCCGUUUUGGUCAUUGCGACUACACUUUUACUGUUCCAUUUGUCUUACUUGUGUCUUGGAGCCCUACAGUUGUGCCGAUGACGUCUUUAAUUGUUCUUGAUACCAUU